CAUGCUUUGUCUAUAAAUUUAAACAUCUUCUUAUAAAUUACCCGUUACUACUACACAUUCACCCUAUAAAUAGAAACUCUCCUCCCGUUGGUUGCAACUUGGGAACCCUAGCUAGCUCUCUCAUCUUCCUCCUUAAUUUGCCUCAACAUAUAACACAAAAACUCUGUCAUUAUAUUGUAAACAACGUAACCAUGAUUGAAUCUCUGUCCAGCUGGUUCACUCCCACUGUUCUCUUCUGUGUUCUGAACCUCAUGAUUGGUAUUAUUCUCAUUUCUUCUAGCUUCAAGAAUGACAAAAAACAACAGCAACAACAACAAUACGCUGAAGAUAAUAACUUACCUCAACCCCCCCGAACUCCAUCUUUAUUACAGCGUGUUAGGUCUGUAAAUUACUUCUCUUUCGUCCCUGAGCCCUUUAAUUCCCCUUUAACUACUCCUCAUUUCGCCGACAACUCUUCACCUCGACUCGGCUACAGUCCCUCUUUGCUUCAGCGAGUCCGGUCCAUCAACUUCUCUUUCUCCUCCCGGUCCGAAAAACCCAGCCCGUUUCCGUCUCUGGACCAAUACGCCGGCCGUCCAGCUGAUGAAAAUGAACCUCAGAAGGUUGAAACUGUAACUGUAACUGAAGAAGAAGAGGAUUUGCAGUGUCACGUAAUGAGAAGUAAAUCUACCACGUGCGCGGAAACUACGUUAAUGAAGAAGUUGGCUAGUGAGGAAAUACUGGCGGCGGUGCAGAAGGAGGAGGAGGAAGAGGAAGAGGUGGUGGUGGUUAGGCAGCGGCCGGCGACGGUGAGGGAGAGAAAGCAAGGGAUGAAGAAGUCGUUUGGCCGGGAUGAUGAAGCUACUGUAGAUAGGAAAGCUGAUGAUUUUAUUAGCAAGUUUAGGGAGCAGCUGAAGAUGCAGAGAAUUGAUUCUAUUCAAAGGUACAAGGAAAUGUUAAACAGAGGUGUGUCCAUUUAGGACAACUUUGUCCUUGUAAUUUAUCCUUUCAUGUAUGGCAGAUCCAUGUCGUUUUCUGUCAAUUCAAAAGUAAACACGAUUUGGUUGUCGCAUCUCACUUAGUUGAGUGAAGUUAAGUGGUUA